AUAAUGAGGCAAAAGAGACAUUUCCUGUUGACUUCAGUCAGUGCUGUCAAGUCCAUACGAUUUAAAUUUUCCCAUUCAUUGUUUCUUUUCUUAUUACGUGAAGGAUGUCAUCCAGCUGCACAUCUUUACUGAAAAUAGGUAACUGUAAGGAAAAUUACUAGCUUAACUCUGAGCUAAUCACACAAAUGCAUACAUCCCCUUAUGUUACUGCUAAAUUUUUAUUACAGUGACUAUAAAAAGAUUUAAAAGUGCUACCAUCUGUAUCGGACAAUGAUCUGGCACACAUGCCUAAAAAAUAGUCUGUUAUUCUGUGUAUAUUUCUGGUUAGUUGAAACCAGUUCUGGUUUUAAUCCUGUUACAUGCAUUGAGUCCUUAAUUUUUAACAAUAAGGUAGUUAUUGUAUUGCAUCUUCUCUUCCCUGUUAACAGUGACAUAGUUAUCCUUAUACCUUGACUGAAGGAGAACCCUGUCCUUAGCUGACAAUAUACCAGUACUCUGUGUGUGUAAGUCCUUGUUGUUUAACUUACUGUACAUGGACAACACAGAGUUUAGAAUAUUACUGGCCAACUGGUCAGGCUGUUCAAAGGCUAGAAUUUGCUUAAUGUUUAUCUGAGGUGCAGGUGAUUUCCCCUUUAAUGUGAAUAUACAAUUAAUCAGCAAAUUUUUACUAUGUCACUGAUAGUAUUAAAUAUUAAAUUCUCCACAUGCUCAAUACAGUUGAUACAUUGUGUACUAUAUUUGCAACCAAAUUGGGUGUUACUAAGCCUUGAAGAAGUCUCACUCAACCUUAUAAUUUGUAUUAAUUAUAUCUCUCCAUUAUUAUACCUUUUAUAACCUUUCUUCAUUUGUAGGUAAUUGUGUUCCAUGUAAACAAUUUUACUGCUUUUCAGGCCUCCAUACCUACAAUUCCCCAGGUGAUCUGAUACAAGCUCUAGGAAGACAGUGUUUGUUUUGUCUGUUUGAAUGAUCUGUGUCUAUGACAGAUGUUAAUAUUUUGAGGAAAAAUAUGACUUUGAUAGAAAAGAACAAACAAGCAGAAGUUGGAAGAAUUCUUGUGUUCCGGUGCUGUCUUCUUUUGUGUGAUCCAUAUGAAGGAGUACAGAGAAAAAGGCCUUUUAAUGCCUCAGAACUUAAAGCGAGCUCCUACGCUGUCAUAGACUGUGAUCAAGCAAGAAAGGAAGUCAGUGUCCGCACUGGAGGAGUGACAGAUAAGUCAUCAAGGAAGACUUACACAUUUGAUAUGGUUUUUGGAGCUCAGGCAAAGCAGAUUGAUGUGUACCGGAGUGUUGUGUGUCCCAUUUUGGAUGAAGUUAUUAUGGGCUAUAACUGUACAGUGUUUGCUUACGGCCAAACUGGUACUGGUAAGACCUUCACAAUGGAAGGGGAGCGGUCACCCAAUAAAGAAUAUACUUGGGAAGAGGAUCCACUAGCAGGUAUCAUACCCCGUACAUUGCAUCAAAUAUUUGAAAAACUCACAGAGAAUGGUACCGAAUUUUCCGUGAAAGUCUCUCUUUUGGAAAUCUAUAAUGAGGAGCUUUUUGAUCUUCUGAAUCCUACUCCUGAUGUUGGGGAAAGACUACAGAUGUUUGAUGAUCCUCGAAACAAGAGGGGUGUAAUUAUUAAAGGCUUGGAAGAAGUAACUGUACACAACAAAAAUCAAGUUUACCAAAUCCUGGAAAGGGGUGCAGCCAAAAGAACAACUGCAGCUACUUACAUGAACGCAUAUUCCAGCCGUUCCCACUCUGUGUUUUCAAUUACCAUCCAUAUGAAAGAAACAACGCUAGAUGGAGAAGAACUUGUUAAAAUUGGAAAGCUAAACUUGGUUGAUCUUGCUGGAAGUGAAAACAUUGGUCGAUCUGGGGCUGUUGACAAAAGAGCUCGUGAAGCUGGAAAUAUCAACCAGUCUCUGCUGACACUAGGAAGAGUGAUUACUGCUCUAGUGGAAAGAGCCCCUCAUAUUCCAUACAGGGAGUCUAAACUCACAAGAAUCCUUCAAGACUCUCUUGGGGGACGGACAAAAACAUCAAUAAUUGCCACAAUUUCGCCUGCAUCUGUAAAUCUUGAGGAAACAUUGAGUACACUGGAAUAUGCCCAUAGAGCAAAGAAUAUAAUGAACAAGCCUGAAGUUAAUCAGAAGCUAACAAAAAAAGCUCUCAUUAAGGAAUAUACUGAAGAGAUUGAGCGUCUGAAGCGAGACCUUGCUGCUGCUCGAGAGAAAAAUGGAAUCUAUAUUUCUGUUGAAAACUAUGAAGCCCUUAGUGGAAAGCUGACGGUCCAGGAAGAACAAAUUACAGAGUAUAUUGACAAAAUCAGUGUCAUGGAGGAAGAAGUUAAAAGGGUCACUGAACUAUUCAGAGUCAGUAAAAAUGAACUUGAACAGUGUAAAACAGAUUUGCAAAUCAAGGAGAAAGAACUGGAAGAAACGCAAAAAGACCUGCAAGAAACCAAGGUUCAGCUGGCUGAAGAGGAAUAUGUGGUUUCAGUUUUGGAAAAUACUGAACAAAAACUUCAUGGCACAGCUAGCAAGUUACUAAGUACAGUUGAAGAAACUACAAGAGAUGUAUCUGGGCUCCAUGCAAAACUGGACCGUAAGAAGGCUGUUGAUCAGCACAAUGCUGUUGUCCAAAAUACAUUUGCAGGACAAAUGAAUGCUUUGUUCAGCAAAAUACAAGAUUCAAUUACUGAAAACAGUUUGAAGCAGCAACAGAUGCUGACAUCUUACACAAAUUUUAUAGGUGACCUCCUGUCUACCAGUUCUUCUACAGCAGAUAUUCUUGCAUCAGUUGUAUCAGCAUCUUUUGCCUCUCUUAAAGAAUUGGUGUCUGCUGAAGUUUCUCACAUGUCUGAAAAAAUAACACAGCAGGAGAAUCUAUCACUUGAUUGUAAAGCAGAGCUGCUGAGAUUAAUUGAGGAACAUGAAACUGGAUUAGGAAGAGCAGUAAAUAGCUUGACACCAGUGGUAGAAUUUGUCUUGGGGUUAAACUGUCAGUUCCAGAGUAACUUGGAGAAAUAUUCUGCUGUGGCUGACCAGAUGGAGGGCCAUAAAAGGGAAAUGGAUACCUUCUUUGGAGAUCUUUUUCUCACUCUGCAAAAAAUACAAGAAGAAACAGCUGGUGGUUUUGCUCAGCUCCAGCAUAAUUGUGACAGUUUAAAAGAAGAAGUGGAAAUGACGAGGUCGGCACAUAGAAAGAGCGCAGCCAAAUUGAUAUCUGUACUGCAAAGCCAGCUCGACCUGUUUGCUCAGGAGACUCAGAAGAACUUAACUGAUGUACUCACAAAAAAUGGAAGCCUGAAGACCACCAUCACUGCUAUGCAAGAAAAUGUUCACCUGAAAACUACAGACCUAGUCAGCAGUACAAAUUCCAGUCACAGCAAAUUUACUGCAUCUCUGGAUAAUUUCUCUCAAGAGCUCAGGAAUAUAAAUGCUGAAAACAAGACAAUGCUAGAAGAAUCCAAUAACCACUGUCAACAUCUUCUCAGCAAUCUCAAAAAUGUGUCUCAGGAUACCAGUACAUGGGGUGAAUUUACAACUGCUCAGAUGGUCAACUUUACUAAUCAGCAGCUAUUGUCAUUCAAGGAUGAGAAACAGCAAUUUCAGUAUUUACAAAAGAAAAAUGAAGAAGACUGUGAUAAAGCAAUAGCUGAAACUGCUGACCACAUUGGCAGACAAAAGGCUGCUGAGGGGAAGGUACUAAAUGGCCUUCUGGAUCAGAUGAAGGUGGAUCAGGAGAUACUUGUGGAGCAGAAGCUGGCACUUAAAGAGGAAGUACAUAAUGGACUAACUCAGGUUAAUAGUUUCCUGCAAGAGGAACUCAAAGUGGAUGUUCCAACAGGGACAACUCCACAGAGAAAAGACUACUUGUAUCCAGUCACUCUCGUGAGAACAGAGCCCCGGGAACUACUUCUGGAGCAAUUAAGGCAAAAUCAAACAAAUCUUGAUGCUAUGCUAAGCAGUGUGGUAAAUGAGGUGGAGGAUAAUGCAGGUCAGGACCUGUUGGACGAGGAAGGAGAGUUGCAAGAACCCAGUGAAAGCCUUGCUUGUGACAAAUUCUUAAUGGAUAAAAAUUUAUAUUGCCACACAAAUGGUGGCAUUCCUUUUUUCCAGCACAAAAGAAGUCUCAAAAAGGGUAAAGAGAACAAAUCUGCAGCUCCAGUGGAGAACAAAAUGGAGGAUAUGACAGAAGAAUUUCUGCAGAAAUCUAAGCAUCCUUUAAGAUUGCUGAACUAAGAUAUAUCCUCUGAAGAUUCCUGUUUUUAUAUAUUUGUCUUACUGAGCCAUAACUUUUUUUUUGGUUAUUCUCAGUGUCUCUAUAUAGUGAUACAAAGUUGAAUCAAAAGAUUUCCCUGCUCAAUCUCAUGCCUUGGUCCCAUUUUUAUAUGUUGCAGCUUGCAAAGUUUUAAGGAAAAAAAGCCUGUAGAUUAUGGUGCUGUUAUGUUAAAUAUAUAUGUACGUUGUCAAGUAAGAAAUUUUGUUUCUCAGUAGAUCUAAAAUACAGAAAGGGAUGUGGAAAUAUGCUUUGUCAGCAUUAUAAAUUACAUUUUUAUGUAUUAAUUAGCUGUAAAUAAGUGUUCUGGUUUUAUACCUGCUUUUUAUUCCAGUUGCUCUUUAAUUACGAUACUUCAAAUAAAUUAAUACAUGGAAAACAAAUGUACAAGCACCUCACUCAGAGUAAAACAUACUUACCUAACUUUCUUAUGGUGCUAGGUUUAAGUUAGCUAAAACAUUAUCAGCUAUGUCAUAAGUCUUGUGCUGUCAGAAGAGGAUGGUUCUUCCCCUUGUUUCACAAAAGGCAAUAAUAUUAUUUCAGUGCCUCUUCAUUCUGGGAAAUUUUACUGCUGGGUCUUGGACUUUUUGUUUGAACCCCACUGUUCUUCCUCUUGCAGAUGUGAGCUGUUGGUUGGGACACAAUGUCUAUCAGGUUCUGUUAUCAUAAGCUGGCAGCAUUUCUUUAAGAUCUAGGGUUCUUAACAUUAAAACAUGCAAACUUGGUUACAAAUGUAGCUUCUGUGUUGUAUAAUGACAGUGAAUUUCUUUUCAUGCUCCUCCCCUGGAAAUCUGAAGAAAACUUAAAGCCGCAACAUGCCAAAGAAGUAGAAGAGUAUCAUGGCAGUAGGGAGAGACACUGGAAGGCAACCUUAAUUGCAUUGAAGCACUAUUCUUACAUAAUUGUCCAAACAUUUUUUGGGAAAUAGUUCACUUUUCUGUAUUGAGCUUGCAGGCUUAACAUUGAUGUUUUUUCAGAUAAGUGCAUUUAUUUGUCUUUGACCAAGUAUGUAAAUUAGUUGUACCCUUGACACCAUUCAGACAGCACUUCACAGUCGUGCUAGAGUCAGAAGAACAUAAUUUGAAGUGACCCUUGCACUGAUUCUCUGAACUGUAGGAUGAGGGAGACCAUUAAUCAAUUGUCUGUCUGAACACCUAUCUUGCCUCUUAUUAUUUAUCUUUUCUUUUACAGCUGUGGGCAAAGCUGAUUGCUUUCCAGCAGUCUAAUAGCAGGAGAAAAAGCAUUAAUUCCCUUUCAAGUGACUAAGAGGCACUAAUACAGCCUUGUUUUAGGUUUCUUGGGUAAAGCAGGAGGCAGCUUAAGUACCUUCCAUCUUGGUACCUACAUAUACUGAAUCUUUCUCCAGCUGUAAGAGACUUGAAACACUGGAAGCUAGAAGACUCUUCAGUGUGUUUGGAGUAUUGUCAAAUUCUGGCACCUAAAACUUAAUGGGCUUAGUUCUUCAGCCUCUAGGAUCCAUUUUCUUGCACCACAUGCCUGUUAACACUGACUAGGUGUUAGCAUAAUCUUCCAUGAUGGUUCAAGAAAUCAUUUACUAUCAUCCCCAAGGGUUGAUCUCACAGCUGUAUUGAAUAGCCUAAACCAAGUGGGGAGAGGCUUGCCACAAGCCUUUUACCCUACUACAUUUUCCCUGUGGAGUUGACAGGAUUAGUAUGAACAAACAAACUGGAAUAGCCAGUAACUGAGUGGGCUUGCAUCCACAAAAUCAUGCCAUAUUUUGUGGUCCCUGUCUUUAUCCUCUUGAACCUCUCUACCUUGACUGCUUGGUUCCUGCAGUGCAGGCACAGCCUGCUUUCCUUAACAGCUGUAUGAAUUUCAGGGGCUGCUUCUCACUUUCUCUUUUUCUAAAGUAGCCUUCAAAGUCAUGUCCUUUAUUUACUAUACUGGCAGUCAUCUGCUGAUCAUUGUUCCUUUGGCCCAGGUAUCCGGAGGCCACAGCAAAGCUGAAUAAGAUGAAAAAUUCAGAUGCAGAACAUGUCCUGGCUUCCCUGUCUGUGCUCCUCUCCCACUAGAUGGCCCUAACACUAAAGGUUGGUCUGAGCUCAGGUACUGGCUGCUAACCAGGACUUGAAAAUAAGGGUUUUGCCAGGCUUUUCUUCAAGCAUCUGUCAAAAAAACAUUUCAGAAUCUAAUAAUGAAUUUAUGCUUCCGUAGAGAGAAUUCCAUACCCAAGUUUCAGUAGGGGUUUGGUUUAUGGAGAGCCACAUUAGUGUAAAAGAUGAUCUAGUGUAUGUCUUAGGCUUUACUGCCUAAUAGACCUUUACUGUCAAUAGACCCUCCUGAUAACUAAAUUCUUGUCCUGCCCUGCUGUCCCCCACCACAUAAACACUGCCGAAAGCAGAAAGCAGUACUAAUUUAUUUUAGUGUACUGUAUGAUGUAUGACAAAGAGAAAAGAAGGGUAAGAAAAAGAAACAGUUGUUUCUUGUGUUCACUCGUUGUAAUCACAGAUCUAACCCAGAGGGAGGAAAUGGCACUGUCCAGACUAACUUGGUGAUGGUUUGAUUUUGUCCUGUGUAAAGCAUCCUUUACAAGAAGGAUACAAAGCCAUUUACACAGAACAAUUAGCCAGGUCACACCCACAAUGACUCAAGCCAGCUGAGCAUGAAGGGACCGUUGUAGUGACUGGGGCUUUAGUGUAUGGCCAUGUUCUAAUUAAUCUAAUGAGUACUGUUUGGAUUCUAGAUUAGUGGUUAAGUGAGACAGCUCUUGAUUUAACAACAAUCUUAGAUACAGUGAAUGCAAUGUGGGGAAAUUAAAUAAGGAAAAAUAAGUUUAAAUGCAUGUCAAGGGUGAAAUGCAGACAACAGUAAGAGGACCACAAGAAGCACUGAUGAUUAAGAGUCAGCAGCUUCCCUUUCAAGUGAAAAAUGAGCUGCCAGGAGGAAAGCAAGGCAUGGAAACUUCCUGCUUCCUCCUGGAAAUCAGGGAGCUGCAGCACUUGCUGCAUCUGAGUUGUUGGGGGAUGUAAUGUUUAUUUGAAGAGAGAAAAGAAGACUGAGCUGACUGGCUGCUAUUGAUGACUGCCUUUAUUUUGGGUAUCAAACAAUUGCAUGGGGCUGGAGCGGAGCGAGGAGAGGGCGCAGAGUUCCUAGACUGCUUUUCUUUUUUCUGUUAGGUGUCAGCAUUGCAAUUAGCUGUUAAAAGGGUAGAGGAAACAAGAGGAAGCCUUUAGCUCUUUGGAGUGAUAAAAAAUAUUAGACCAGUAAGAACUGAAAAAAUAGAGUUAACAUUCCUUUUUCCUCAAAAAGAGAUUUAAGGGGAAAAAAUAAAUUUCUAAUGUUUGACAACAUUAAAUAUAGGAAAAUAAGUAUAUUCACUAACUAUGUAUUUUAAAAUUUAUGCAUUUUAAACAAGUGUUUACAACCAUUUGACUACUAUUUUUUUUCUUUUUCUGUUACAAACUACUUUUUAUGGUAGAGGGCAAUGCUCUAUAAACUGCACGCCCACCCAUGCAGUUACUUUGUAAAGUUAAACAACAAUAAAUCAUGCUAUGCUUUGCAUUCAUAGGCUUUAAGUGACAGGGUUCCAUAGGUGAGAUGCAGACCACCUAGCAAAGCAGACUGUCCUUGGAGGGUGAGCACAAGCUCAACCCAGGCAGCGUUGCUGUGCUCAGUGAAACCCUUAAGAGUAUGAGCACAGCGAAUGCAGUGAAGUGAAUGUUUACAUUUCUAUGCUGUAUUUCUAUACUUCUAAUAUAUCCUUUGGCUCCUGAGAAAAGGCUCUAGCUACCAAGAGAAGGGCAUGGUUAGAGAGCUACACAAGUGCUCUUCAGACAGAUAAAAAGGAGCAAAUGCUUGGUCUGACAGUCUCUCAUCAGGGAAGGGGUUAGAAACAAGCUGCCUCUUUUAUAUUAGGUCUGAAAAUUGUUCCAUUUUUCCAGCUUUCUAGAGCUUUAUGAGAUAAUCAUCAGUUUCCAGGUGGCACAAAGUUAAAUUUUGUAAAAUAAUGGAUGUUAACUGGAUUGCUUUGUUUUUCUCCAAAAUAUUAAACCUAUAUAAAUAUUCCCUUAAA